UCGCAGUAUCGACAAGCAAUGAAAGCAUUUAUGCCCUACUUUGGUGGAUCGCCUCUUGUCGAAAACGCACUUCUGCACGCUUAUCAGUACGUAUCUGAACGGGAAACAACACCGUAA